ACCGUUCCAAGAACAGGACACUCUUGAAACUUUCUUCAAUGGCCAACUCUCAGUGGCUCCUCCAUGCCCUCCUCCUCCUCCUCCUCCUCCUCCUCCUCUUUCACAUGGACUCGAUCUUGCUCAAAGCUGCUUCCAUGCCACCACCUUCCCCUGUCAUGUGCAACAGUCCCGCCGGUGGUGAUGGUUGCAUCCUCCACAACUCGUAUGGUGCAUGGAAUGACAGAUUGGACUGCCAUGUCCAAAAUGUCACGUACCCUUCGACCGAGGAAGAGCUCCGCUCGGCCGUGGCCUAUGCGACUCGCAACGGACUGAACGUCAAAGUCGCGAGCAAGUUCUCGCACACCAUGCCGAAGCUGGCCUGCCCCGGGAGGACUCAAUCCGCCAACUCGUACUUGAUAAGCACGGCGAAUUAUGCCUCGAGUAUUGACAUCGAUGCGACCAAUUUGGUGGUCACGGCCGAUGCGGGGGUUCCGCUGCGGGAGCUGAUCAACAGAGUAGAGGGACGAGGGUUGAGCCUGGUGGCUGCAACGUACUGGGAGGGCGUGAGCGUGGGCGGGCUGAUAAGCACGGGAGCGCAUGGUAGCUCGUGGUGGGGGAAGGGCGGGGCGGUGCACGAUCACGUGGUCGGUAUUAGCCUUGUGGUCCCGGCCAAGGAAUCGGAAGGUUUUGCCAAAGUCAUCAGAAUUGAGGCACAGGAUCAGCUUCUUAAUGCUGCUAGAGUGUCACUGGGCAUGUUGGGUGUGAUCUCCAAGGUGAAAUUUUCUCUCGAGGGAGGGUUCAAGAGAAGCAUAACCUAUAAUUUCACGGACGAUGCUCGGAUCGAAGAGAUAUAUAGGGACCAUGCCAUGAAAUACGAAUUCGCCGAUAUCACUUGGUACCCAUCUAAACACACUGCCGUUUACAGAUACGAUAAUCGAGUCCCCCUAAACACGUCGGGUGAUGGCGUUUAUGACUUCCUAGGAUUUCAAUCCAACUCAGUUGUUGUCUCUAAAUCCGCACGAGCAACAGGUAAUGCUUCUCUUGUUCUUUCUUUCUUUUAUACUAUGCCUGUUUUUUCCUAUCAUGGCAUCGGCAUAUCAUCCUCAAAACUAAUGUACGCAGAGAAGUUACUGGAGAACGCAAGGAACGUGGAUGGAAGGUGUGCAUUGGCAUCAACCGCGGUGGGAUACAGGAAGCUGGUUGCCAAUGGCUUGAGGAAUGGCCUGAUCUUCACUGGCUAUCCGGUUAUCGGUACCCAGGGAAAAAUGCAAACUUCUGGUUCAUGUUUAUAUUCACCUCCCUUGAGAACUGACCUUACUUGUGCUUGGGAUCCAAGAAUUGACGGGCUCUUUUUUUACGACGUGGCGGCGAUAUUCCCUGCCCAAAGAUUCGCUGAUUUCAUUCGAGACGUGAAGAAGCUCAGGGACAUGAAUCCAGAGAACUUCUGUGGAGUGGAUGUCUACAAUGGGUUUCUGAUACGUUUCAUUAAGGCCUCCAAGGCGUACUUAGGCCAAUCCGAGGACUCGGUCGUGGUGGAUUUCAACUAUUACCGAGCCGAUGACCCCUCAACCCCGAGACUGAAUCAAGAAGUGUGGGAGGAAGUGGAGCAAAUGGCGUUCUUCAAGCAUGGGGCUAAGCCACAUUGGGCUAAAAACAGGAACUUGGCAUUCUUGAAUGUCCGAAACAAGUAUCCCAAUUUUGGCAGAUUCAUGGCAGCUAAGAAGCAAUUGGACCCACAAAACAUGUUCUCAAGUGAAUGGUCAGAUGAGAUAUUGUUUCGGAAUGAAGCAGCAAAAGGUGAUGGGUGUGCCCUAGAAGGACAGUGCAUAUGUUCAGAAGACAGCCAUUGUAGUCCAGCAAAAGGUUAUCUUUGCAAAGCAGGGCUUGUUUAUAAGGAAGCUAGAGUUUGUAGGUAUACACAAUCUUAAGUGGCAUAAGAUGUCGUAUCGAUUAGAAAUAUGCUUUUCUAUCUUUAUCCAUGGAUCCUU